UGCUAGCCAGUGAAAAAAUGCCAUUGUACUGAAUAAUGAGCCCAUUAUAUGAAAAUAUGGUAUUCUCAUAAGCCAUUGUAGCAGUUUUUCAUUGCACAGGACCCCACUGCAUGAGGGAAUGGUGCUCUGUUUAAUUUCUCGUGUUUUAUGUUAUCUGCUUGAACGUUUUCGAUGACUCUCCCGUUCCUUGCCAUGUCUUUCCAGGUGAUGAGUUCCCUGUUGUUUUCCAGCCACAGCAUGAAGGAUCAGAAGUCGGUGGGUCUCCUACACUGCUCAGCCUCAGCUAAAGGCAUUGGCCCAUUCUCCAGCCCAGAAUUCGAGCACUCGGCUCUGGGCAAGUCCCAGCCAUUGAGUCUGCAGCAGAGCCCCCAGUUUCUAGCCAGCAUGCAGCUCCAGAAGCUCAACAGCCAUUACCAAAGCCUAAGUGGAGCUACAACACCAGUUCCUGGAGCUCCAAGAAGCUUUGGUCCAGCUGCCGGGGGGCCUGUACAUGUGGUUCCAGCUGGGGCCGCGCAGGGUUCAGGAAUCAUUGAUUCCGACCCAGUGGAUGAGGAGGUUCUGAUGGCUCUUGUGGUGGAGCUAGGCUUGGACAGAGCCAAUGAGCUCCCAGAACUUUGGCUUGGCCAGAAUGAGUUUGAUUUAAUCUCAGAUGUCUCUGCCUUGUGA